AGGAUUCUGGAAUCUGUAGUCCAGCGUGUUCUAAAUGCAGGCGCACUAUGGUACCUGAGGCUAGGUUGGGAGCGCACCCGCGUCCGUCAUUACAAAUGGCUUCCGCGUUUCCGGGCAUUGUCUGAGUGGCCGUCUACCUGUGGCGGCUUCUUUCUCACGACCCAGAGAAGCGCUUUUCUAUCCGGUCUGCCAGUUUCCAAACCCCAUGUGAUCUCCUGGCUGGAGCAAGGGAACAGAACCUUUGGAGCGGCCACCCAGCAGCCUCCAGACUCAGAUUCAAGGACAGAGAUAAAGCAAGCCAUUGCAGAGAAUGAACUAUCCCAGGACCUGAUAUUAGAAAGACUCAGAAGGGUUAAUCUUUGCAGUUCUAUGUGGGGAGAUGACAGAGGAUGGGAGAACCCGUUAAAGAAGCAAGGAAGCCAGGAGAGACUUGUGAGGCCCGUGCCUGUGCAUCAGAAGGUUUAUCUUAGGGGGAAACAUGAAUGUUAUGAAUGUGGGAAAGGCUUCAGUAACCACAGAAAUCUUAUUGUUGUUCAGAGCAUUCAUAUCGGAGAGAAAAUGUAUAAAUGUAAGUCAUGUAUGAAAGCCUUGCCACAGAGUUCUCAUCUUACACAGAAUCAGAGAAUCAGUACUGGAGAGAAAUCUUCUAAGUGCAAUGAAUGUGGGAAAGGUUUAGUCAUCAUUCACACUUUAUAUAACAUCAGAGGAUUCACACAGGGGAGAAGCCUUAUCAAUGCAAUGAGUGUGGGAAAGCCUUCAGUCAGUGUUCACACCUCAUUAAACACCAGGGGAUUCAUACCAGAGAGAUGUAAUGAAUGUGGAAAAGCCUUUAGCAACCUCUCACAACUUACUAAGCAUCAGAGGAUGCAUACUGGAGAAAUGCCUUAUCAUUGUAAUAAAUGUGGAAAGACAUUCAGUUGAUGCCCAGAUUUUCUUAAACAUCAGAAAAUUCAUACUGGGGAGAAGCCUUAUAAAUGUAAUG